CUCUUUCCUCGCAUUUUAUUUAUAUCUCCCUCCCCUCUUCUUCCUUCCUCACUCCACACUUCCUUCACUAACUCAUUUCUUUCUGCAAAUACAAGAGCAUUCAGUAGUAAUGGCAAAUUGGUUGAGGUCAUGGAGAAACCCCUCCAAAACAGCCAAACUCAUCCGAUUUGGCGGCGGCGUUGAGAGAAUCAAAGUUAAGAUGGGAAUGAAGGUUGCGGAAUUAAUGCUCGAAAAUCCCAAUCAUUUUGUCUGCAAUUUGAGUAGUCUGCAAGCAGGACAUCGGAUUUUAGCGCUCCUCGCGGAAGAAGAAAUAGAGCGGGGAAAUACAUACGUUCUUCUCCCCAUGCAAAAUUUGCGAUCUGUGUUGAGUGAGACAGACAUGGGAAUUAUUCAACAAUAUAUUUAUCAGUCCAAGAACAAAUCGAACGUGAUCUUUUCCCACUCCAAAAUUCUUCCAAUCUCUCAGGAGGGAAUUGCGGCGGAGAAGUCGUGGUUGCCAAAACUGGCGGCGGAUGAGGAAGAAAUAGAAGGGAUGAGGAUGAGAAUAGGGCGGCAGAGAUUCUGGAAACCCUCGUUACACACAAUUCAAGAGACUCAGGCUUAAGAUUCUAGUUUUUGACUCACAGAUUGAGAUAUUGCCAUUGAAUUUGUAUAAUAUUAUUUUUGGUCACUUAUUAUUGAAAGAAAUAGUAAUGUUUGGUUAUGGCUUGAAA